AUGAUGGAGAAACAGGGAAUUGAUAGUGGAAAAGAUGCGAUGGAGGCAUAUAGAGUUGCACGCAUGGAAAGUGAAGAUUCAAGUACUGAUGAACAACUUGUAGCUGAUAGGGUCUCUUCAGCCCUCAUAAACAGGGUUGAAGCUAUGCUCCAAAAUCUUGAGAAAGAAAUUGAUGACGUAGAUGCAAAGAUUGGUGAUCGUUGGCGAGUGCUUGACAAAGAUUAUGAUGGAAAAGUUACUCAUGAGGAAAUGGCAUCUGCAGCAAUAUACUUGAAAGAUACUUUAGGCAAGGAAGGGGUUCAGGAGCUUAUCACCAACCUUUCCAAAGAUAAAGGUCACCCUCGUUACUUUACAACUUGUAAAAAUUUACUCCAAAACAGAAUGCACUUGAUUCCGAAAGAUAAAGUUCCAUCCAUUUGGCAACCAAACAAAGCUCAAUUUCCAAUUCCUUCAAAAUCCACACCACACCCUAAUAACUUUGUCUUUAUACCCAUCAACUUGACUUGUUUUGGUAUGUGUAUGUGUAUGACAGAGGGGAAUAUUCUUGUUGAAGACAUAGUGAAAUUGCGCAAUCGAGCAGAGGAUGCUGACUGA